GAACGUUAUUGCAUCAAACAAAUAUAAACCUUUGUCUUGCGAAGUCUUCUUUUCAUAGUACAGAAGUAAAACGAUGGCACAGCAUCUCUUCCGGUUUAUCACACUAUUCUGUGGUGUACGCUUACUAUUACUGAUACCACCAUUGGAAGCAAGUCCGUGGUUCUGGCCUUGGAAUAGUCGAAGUAAUCCAUCGAUCAUUAACAUCUCCAUUGGAAAUCGAUUCAACACCAGUACCAAUUCAAGCGAUGCGGGUACUACCAUCCGAGAUCUAACAUUCAACCUUUCGCAAUGGAGAGGCAACCUGACGUUUGAGAAGAGUGGGGCCGAUGUCUCCGUCACUCGAGGCAACGACGGAACCACAACUAUCCACAUAGAUUUCGAUUCAGACUCUAUAAGCCAGCGAAAUUCCACUAAUUCAACCAGCGUAUCGAACUCAACCGGAUCGACUAGUCGCAAGAAACGUGCCAUUUUCCCGCAAGCCUCGUUACCAUCCAUCCCAGUUUUUUCGCCACCAUCCUUGCCGUCCAGCCCAAUUUUUACUCCAGCAUCCUUGCCAUCCAUUCCAAUCCCAACACUCAACGACACACAGGCACUUCUCAACGGCAACUUCCUUCCACUUCCGAGCGCAAUCACCAACCUAGGAAACAAUGCUCGAACCUUCGUUCAACCCUGGCAAUAUCUGCAAAAUUCCAUCAACAGCCGCCUACCGAUGCAAACUCUGGACACCGCCGUAUCGUUCCUAUCGCAGCUGUAUUCAUCAACGGUGAAAAGCAUGCUAGAUACUGGCAUCACCACGCUCAACGCAACCCUGAAGUCCCUAUCGGGCGUCGUCAACUCGGGACUGAACACCAUAGAGGACCAAGCUGAUUCCGGCAUUCGUGGCGUUUCGCAGUUAUUUAAGGCACUCACCCAAACCGGACAAAGCUGCGUGGGGCAAGUGCCUGAUGACGCUACCGUUUCGAUUGUAAACAAGUCCACCGGAUGCGUACGGGAACGGUGGAACGAGUUGGAAGACAUUGCGAACCAAUUUCUCACCGUAGUUAGCGACACAGAGGAAGCCUACGGUGGAUGGUUACGGUCGUUGAACGGUUGUACUGCAAGCAACUUUGUGGGGAUUGAUGAAACGGCGCUGGAUACUGCGCAGCGGAAUUGUUAUGUUCAGACCAUUGCCAAUUCGGUGGGAAAGCUGGUGGACAUUCCGAUGCGAUGGGCAAAUUUGACGAUUAGAACGAGCAACGCAAUAACCAAUUUCCAACCCCAAGUGGGACUCUGCGUUGCCGGUGUUGGAGUAGAAGUUGCCUCUGUUUCCGCGAGGAUCGGGCUUCAAGUAGUGCUUUGCCAGUUUGUACAAUAAAUAUUGUCAAGGUGUUUCAAAAUGAUUUAC